AUGGAGCAGGACAAUGAGCAGCAGGCUAUGCACCAGUCUCCCAUGGAUAACGAGAUGUUGAUGCUGGUGACCAUGUAUAUGCCUGGGUCUUCUGGAAACAGCGGAUUUCAUCAGCCACCAGCCCCUCAAUAUUUGCCAGAGUUGAUGAGGCCCUAUAUGGCCUCAGCUGAGGAAUUCAGAUGCAGUGAGGGAGGGGUGGGGCCACAGUUCAUUAGGUCACUACCUGAGGUGGUGCAGGUGCCUCCCAGCUGACUCCUACACCUUCCAAAUUAUUGUCAGAGAUCGAUUGGGAGGAUCCAUGUGAUGCCAGAAAAUCCAGGUACCCUGGGAGUGGCCAUUUCCUUCAGUGAGAAUCUGAUGUCUCAGGGUGGCCUGCAAGCCCAGCUUCCUCAGAGUCUCAGUGAUGACCCCAGCAGUGCCCCAACAAUGCCUUAUUCUGUAUCCCCAACAGUACCUGCUACCACGGGGCUCUUUAAAACCGAAUAUUUUUUGGUCCCAGGCAUGCCUUCCGCUGAGCCCCAUGCUGUGACCCCUAUGAAUCAGAUGUUGCACUCGGUAAAUCCUGAGAUGGUCUCAGCUAGGUUCCAGCAGUUGCUACCUAUAGACUCCCAAGAUUCACUUGUGACUCCAGUCAAAUGUCAGGAAGGACCUUUCAUGUGUGAGCAGCCACCUGCUCCACAGAGAGAGACCUCCAGUACUUCAAGAGGGGCAACCAGGAGGGUCCCUGGGGAGGCCUUCGUCUGCUCCAUAUGA